GGCUUGUCGAGGUAUUUCCAGGUGGCUUGUGAAGCAUUCCGGAGGGGUUGGAGACGCUAGCACCGAAGCGCUGAGGACUGAUCGCGUCAGUGGCGUGGAGUUGAUCGCGCGUCCUCAUAGAAGAGACGGUUUGGUAACUUGGUCUGGAUGGUGUCUUGGGGGUGCUGCGUUGCGAGCCCGAGCGAAUAUGAUCGGGCAAGACACCGAUGCUUUGUAACACGACGAUCCUUCACCUACUCCAGGAUCUCUCUUAGUAAGCCUGUGGCGGAUAUAUAAUCAAUGUCACCUGUAUAGGCCCUAGAACCCUCUCUUAGUUCUAUAUGAGCGCGACGUCAACAUGGAUGUUCUUUGUCAGCCCUGGCUCUCGAACUAUCUUGCUAAUCAAGUCGAAAUUUAUGUCCCGGUUUGCUCUAGGUACGACCUCGGCGUGCCAGCAAAGUGAUCUGACGUGCUCAUACGUACUGCGACCAAUAGGCAAUCGAAGUACAACCCCUCACCUGCACAAUUACCCAUUCGCAAUGUCUGUCCCGAAGAUACAGAAGGCACUCGUCCUCCCCGCCAAGUACGCGGACUUCGUCGUCCGCUCCAUCGCGGUCCCGAAGCCUGGUCCGGGCCAGCUCCUCGUCAAGGUCCACGCCGUCGGGCUCAACCCGGUGGACUGGAAGAUCCAGAAGAACGGAAUCAUCGUCCAGGAGUUCCCUGGCAUUGUCGGGUCUGACGUCGCGGGGACGGUAGAGGAACUCGGCGAGGGCGUGAAGGGUUUCUCGCUCGGUGAUAAAGUCGUUGAACAGGGCCACUUUGCAGUCCCGAACGCGGGGUUCCAGCAGUACACGGUUGCGAAUGCUGAUAUAACUGCGAAGAUCCCCGACAACAUUACCUUUGAACAAGCAGCCACGCUCCCAGUCGGGCUGAGCACUGCCGCUCUGGGUCUGUAUGAGCAGGUCGUCGCGCCGGAUCAGGACUACGGUACAUUGGGUUUGCAGGCGCCUUGGGAGGAAGGCGGGCGUGGCAAGUACGCUGGCAAACCGUUCGUUGUCAUCGGUGCUGGCAGCUCAGUCGGACAAUAUGUUAUCCAGUUCGCAAAGCUAUCAGGCUUCUCGCCGAUCAUUGCCACCGCGUCCUUGCACAACGCAGAGUUCCUUCGCUCCCUCGGGGCAACGCAUGUCCUGGAUCGCAACCUCACGCUCGAGCAGCUCAGAGAGGAAACGGCGAAGAUCACGAAGGAGCCGUUGGACCUGAUCUAUGACUCCGUUGCCUUGCCGGAGACACAGCUCGCCUCGUACGAGCUCCUCGCGCCGGGCGGGACCCUAGCGCUGGUCUUGUAUACUGCAAUCCCUGAAGAGCGUCUGCGGCCCGAUAAGAAGAUCGUGAGGCCGUUCGGCCAGGCGAACUUUCCGGUGGAGAAUCGUACCGUUGCUGCGGAGGUGUAUGGCAAGCAGCUCACGACGUGGCUGAAGGAAGGGGUUAUCAAGCCCAACCGCGUCGAGGUGCUUCCAAAUGGGCUGGAGGGUAUUGUGGACGGGUUGGAGAGGCUGAGGAACCAUAGUGUCAGCGGCGUGAAGUUGGUUGCGCAUCCUCAGGAGACGGUUUGAUUUCUCGCAUUCGUUCCGGCCUGUACUAUAGUUCUGGUAGGUUUGUAUCGUAGUCGGUACGGAGAGUGUUGUCAAGUCAUGAGCGGUUGGAAGCAAGU